UCGAGGCUGCCGGUAUCGUUGCACGAGCGUAUAUUAAGUUGACCCGUCCUCUUUUCUUCGCCAUCCUCUCCCCUCUUUUUUUUUUGUUCCCAUGGCGUUACUGCAUAGACUCGCUUCUCCUUCGACCUUGCGCUUUGCCCCCGGUAUCUCGUCAAUACUAUACAGAAGAGCUUCCACCAUGGUUCCCAAGCUUCGAGAUCCGUCCUUGCUGAAGCAGGAUGUCUGCUAUGUCAAUGGCGAGUGGGUGACUGCCAAGUCUGGCAAGACAUUCAAGGUCAAUGACCCUGCCACUGGCGAAUUGAUCGGAACAUCCCCCGAAUGCACCGUCGCCGACACCGAGACAGCCAUCACUGCUGCCGCCGAUGCUUUCAAGACCUUCCGCACAUUGACCGGCCGCGAGCGUGCCAGGAUGUUGCGCAAGUGGUACGACCUCGCCCUGGAAAACGCCGAGGAUAUUGCCCAGCUCAUUACUUGGGAGAACGGAAAGCCGCUUGCGGAUGCCAGGGGCGAGGCUACCUAUGCUGCCAACUUCUUUGAGUGGUUCAGCGAGGAGGCGCCUCGCACAUACGGCGAUGUUAUCCCCGCCACCGUGCCCGGAAACCGAGUGUGGACUCUUAAGGAGCCCGUUGGUGUCUGUGGCCUGAUUACACCAUGGAACUUCCCCGCUGCCAUGAUCACAAGAAAGAUCGGACCUGCCCUGGCAGCUGGAUGCACAGUCGUGGUCAAGGCGCCCGGAGAGACACCAUUCACAGCCCUCGCGCUCGCUGAGCUGGCUCACCGCGCCGGUAUCCCCAAGGGUGUUGUCAACAUUGUGACGACGCUGGACAAUACCGUUGCCAUCGGCGAGUUGUUGACGACUCAUCCCACCAUCAAGAAGGUUUCCUUCACCGGCUCAACUGGUGUCGGUAAGCUCCUGAUGAAGCAGUCAUCCGCCACUCUCAAGAAGCUGUCACUGGAGCUCGGCGGAAACUCCCCCUUCAUUGUCUUCGACGACGCCGACCUCGACGCCGCUGUGGCCGGCGCCAUCACAUCCAAAUUCCGAUCAUCAGGGCAGACUUGCGUGUGCGCCAACCGAAUCUACGUCCAAGAGGGCAUCUACGAGGCCUUUGUGACCAAGUUUGUCGAAAAGGUCAAGGAAUUCAAGGUCGGCAACGGCUUUACCGAGGGCACCACCCACGGCCCCCUCAUCCACGGCCGUGCCAUCUCAAAGGUCGACGCCCACGUCCAAGACGCCGUCAAGAAGGGCGCGAAGCUCCUCGUCGGUGGCCAGAAGCUGCCCGACGUCGGCCCCAACUUCUUCCAGCUCACUGUCCUCCGCGACAUGAGGGCUGACAUGGCAAUUGCCUCGGAGGAGACGUUUGGCCCCGUUGCCGGUCUCUUCCCCUUCAAGACCGAGGCCGAGGUUAUCCAGCUGGCAAACAACUCCGAGGUUGGCCUGGCUGGCUACUUCUUCUCCCGCGAUCUGGAGCGAGUUCACCGAGUCGCCGAAGCUCUCGAGGUUGGCAUGAUUGGUGUCAACACAGGCAUCAUCUCUGACCCUGCGGCGCCUUUCGGUGGUGUCAAGGAGAGCGGUUUCGGCAGAGAGGGAUCAAAGUAUGCUAACCUCGACAUUCCACUUCGCAGACGCCAUCUCUCCGGCCUCUCCUCUCCCACUUUCGCCUCUCUCCUCCCAUUGACGAGCGUCGCACACACGAGCAGAGCCCCUCACGCCCCCUCUCCCGUCCGUCCAUUCAGCAACUCCGCGCCUCUCCUCAAGAAGCGCAAAAUCGCCGCCGCAAGCAACAGCCCCUCUUCACGAGACGCAGACUCGGCCGGCGCCGCUCCCUCAUCCUCAUCAUCUCCCCCCAGCUCCGCCAAAGCUGACCACGGCCAUCCCAACCCCGAAGACCCCCUCGACUUCUCCUCUGUUACCGCCGCAUACGUCUCCAUCGACGCCCACUUCAAGGCCCAGCUCCAGGCCGUCCUGCACGGCGGCCGCUUCAACCCCGACGCCCUGGGCGCCCUCGCCAUCGCCAUCAAGGAUGACGAUGGCUCCAAGGUCUCGUUCCCCCUCCGCGAGCUCGCCCAGAUCGUCCCUCGCUCAGGGCGCAUCAUCUCGCUGCUCGUCAACGAGCGCGACUACCUCAAGCCCAUCAUGUCCGCCGUCCAGGCCAGCAAGGACUUCAAUCAGCAGCCCCAGCGCUCCGACGACAACGAGCUCGAGCUCCUCCUCAAGGUCGAGAUGGAGCGCAAGGACGACCUCGUGCGCCGUGUAAAGGACGCUUGCCAGGGCUGGAGGGACCGCGUGCGCCAGGCUCGCACCAAGCACGAGAAGGCGCUCAAGGACUGGAAGAAGAGCGGCACCGUGCUGCCCGAUGUGGUGAGGAAGGCGGACAAGGAGCUGCAGAAGCUGCAGGACAAGAAGAUGAAGGAGAUUGAUGGCGAGGAGGCGCAGGUAAUUAAGCAGCUUAGCAGGUAGAUUCCCGGCGUAUGUGCAUAAAGAGGACCGCCCAUACCCAUUUGUAUAAUACAGAUUUAAAUAUCAU